AUGUCGACGCCUGCGAAACUCCCGCCCAAAGCCGUCCACCCACUCCCGCUGAGCUCGACCUUGCACGACCUCGCCCUGCUCCGAGCCUCCGAUCUCGACUUUGCAACGCUCCUCCCUCCGUCUACCUCGUCGAGAACGGAAAAAGACGACCCUGCAGUGGAGCAGAGCGUGCAGCGCUCGCUGGAGUUCUCGCGCGAGGCCCGCGCGGCACUGAAGCUGCUGCACACAGAUGCUGUAGACAAGCAGGGCGCGCGGGUGGACGAUGUGCGAGAGAAGCUAGAGGACGUUGUGCAGGGCUUAGAGGGGCGGGAUUGACCAUGCGUUCGUGAUCCAUGUCCUCGUACGGAUACCCUGUAUACCCUCGCAUGAGCGAUGCGUUGUACACCAGCCUGUACCCAGUAUAUUGAGUGCCGGCACUGUCUCCGGAGCCCUUC